AUGGAUUUUGUGGAGAAGAGGUUGCCAGCCUGGGAAGAAUGCCCUGACAAUGAGAAUAGCCCUCAAAAGCCGGUUGAGUUCUUCAACCUUUCCUCUGGGCUAACAACAGGAAUGAGGAGCUCCGAGCUGCCAUCAAAGGUAGAGCUUCAUGCCCUUGUGCCUGCAGAGGUUCGCCUGGGCACCACACAACUCAUGAUUGCUUUCUUGUUGGAAGAGAAGUAUUCUACCUGGAGAUGGCUAUACAACCGUGCCUGUGAAAACAUCGAGAUCCGCAACAGAGAAAUGCCUUUGUCCCUUGAAACGUGUUGUGAACCCACACCGGGAUUGAAUGUUUCUGUUCCCCAAUACUCCGGAGGCAUGGCAGCGUGUUGUGUCGAACAUCAUGCAAGACAUGUCAGCUGGUCCCUCGAACUCACUCAAAACACGUGCGAGAUUGAAUUAGAGGCGUCUUACGCUUUUCGUGAGUGGUUAGUACAACAGGUGGGCACAUCUCUCGUCCAACCAGACUGCCUAGUAAGGGAAUGUAAGGUGGCGGACAGUUAUACGCAAAUGAUAAAAGAGAGGCUCUCCAAGGUAACGAAGGUGCGUUCUGUGUACCGCGCGGCUCAGAGCGAAUUCCCCAGUCUACAUUUUGAAGGACUCUGGGAGGAAAGGGUAAAGCAGCAGGUUCAGAGAAUGUUGCAAGAUGUUGAUGCAAAAGAGCUUCUAACGCCUUUCCCAGUGAAGCAGGAAAUGACCCCUGAGGAAGCAGCAUCCGAAGCCAGAAGGAAGAGUCUGCUUUCACGCAGCGACCUCGAAUUAGAAAAGGUGCAUCCCGAAAGAAUAGAUUUCUUGGGGUUUGUUUUCGAGUCCUACAGGUACGGAACUGAGCACCAGGCGCGCAAACUGGAGAAGGAAUACUCAGAUGCUCAUCCGCCGACACAAGAUGACGGGGACGCCCCGCAGGGGCAAAAAUCAACAGGCCGCCGCCCUGAGGCUGAAAGUGAAAGAUCAAACUACGACAAGGAAAUAUUGCUCAGUUUAUGCGAUUGCUUCUAA